AUGCCGCCUGCUCCCCUUCCACCCACCAGUUCCAAGAGCGGACCACCUCCGCCUCCCAAGGACACUGCCAUGGCAACCCCGCUUCCUGCUUCGCCUAAGCCAGUGACGAAGAAGCUUGUGAAGGAGGCACCUCCGGAGACCAACAAGAAGGAUUCCAAGUCAGUGGUGGACGAGCAGACACCUGAGGUUAUUCCUCAAUCGCCCGAUGAGUCGAAGAAACUGAAGAAGAAGACCGGUAACACUGGAUUCAAGAACAUGUUUGGAACGAACAAAAAGCGGGCAGAGCAGCCCUCGAUGAAGAGCACUGGUGCUAAGGAGACCUCCUCGGUGGCCGCUGCGCGCGCCGCCCUGGAGGCCAAGGCCAAGGAAUCUCAGGAGUCGUCUCCGCUCAAGGCCGCUCCGGUAGUGAAGAAGAAGCCUGUUCCGGAGACGCCUGCUGCCCCUACUUCUGCCCCUCCUCCGGUUCCAGUCCAUGAGCCUGUGGUCGAGAAGCCUUCCACUCCUCAGCAGCCCGUCGAGCCUGUGAUGGAAGAGUCGGCUCCAGUGGCCGGUUCUCCCGAAAACCGCGGUCCUCCUCAGACCCGGCGCGGUGUUGAGUACGAUGCUCUGUCCCGUGUCGACACCAACGAGCGUAACGCUGCCGACCAGGAAUUCUCCAAGUUUGAUCAGGGACCUUUGGUAGACCAGCCCGCGUUCGUCCCCGAAGAAUCCCCAUUGACCCCUGCUAUCCCUGCUGCUGCUGAAGUCGAGACCCCCAAGACCCUGGCCAACGGGCACGGGCAGAAGCCCGCGCUUAUCAGCCAAGAAAAGGCCCUUGCUGAGGAGAACGACCGGUGGGCUCAGAUCCGUAAGAACGCUGCCGAGCGUGCUGCUGCUACAAGCGAGGAACCCGAGACUCGCACCAGCCAGUCCGAGCGGACCGACGAGGGAGACACCAGCGGUGAAGAGACCAUCGAGUCGCGCGUCGCCCGCAUCAAGGCCCGAGUCGCCGAGCUGACUGGUAACAUGGAGGGCCGCUAA